AUGUCCCAAUACAAAUCGGCGGCCUACCGCAAGGCGGCGCGCGCUCCCGAGCCGGCGGCAGGCGGCAAGUUCUCGCAACAGAUCAGCACCCUCCAGGAGCUCUUCCCUUCCUGGUCCCGCGACGACCUCGACAGUGUGCUCUCGGAGGUACACGGCGACGUUGAGUCCGCUGCGCUCCGCAUCGGCGAAGGCAAGGCAGAGCAAUGGGGCUCGGUAAAGUCGAAAAAGGAGAAGCAGCAGGCCAAGCACCAGUCGCAGCCAUCGACCAACUCUAACUUCACCUCUGUCCCCGCACGCGGUGGACGCGGCGGCGCGCGUGGCGGCCGCGGCGGACGAGGCGGAGGCCGCGGCGGCAGCUUUGCGGGCCGUGGCGGCGCGGCGCCCCGGGAGACGCCUGUCGCCGGCGCCGCCACGACGAGCGCCACUCCCGCUGCGACUGCGGCAGACAGCACCGAGACCCCCGCCACGGGAGAGGCUGAUGGCUGGGGCUCGGCAGCUGCCGAGAAACCAGACGGCGCUGCUGCUACUACCACGAAUGGGACCACCGAUGCUUGGGGUUCCAACGAGGCCACCCCCGCUACUUGGGCCGACACAGCCGCCCCGGCUACCAAGACGAACGGCGCAGCGCCGACCAAGGAGGAGAAGAAGGCGCCCGCCAAGACGCCUGCGACUAGCAAGAUGAGCUGGGCUCAGAUCGCACGGCCCGCCCCGGCUCCGCCGAAGCCUGUCGCUCCUCCUGCAGCCCCGGCCGCACCCUCUGCCCCAGCUCACGCGCCAGAGCCAGUCGUUGAUGCUAGCGGUUGGGAAGAUCCCGCCACGGUUCAGCCUCAGACUUGGGAAGAUGAAGAGCCCGCCGCUGCACAGGCCGCACCCGAGCAUGUUCCCGAGAAGGAGAACGCUUGGGGUGAACAAUCGGAAGCCAUCCCGGCCGCACACGCAGAGCCCGAGCCCGAGCUUCCCACUCCCGCAUUCGAGACGGCUCCCCCGCCCGCCGCAGAGCCCGAGCCUACACCCGCUCCGGCACCGGAGCCCGCGCGCGAGCCAACUCCUCCCCCGGCACCCGCACCUGCGAAGGUACACGAGCCUACGCCCGCUGUUGCGUCUGCCGUCCCCAAGAGCGUCGCGGCUCCUGGGCGCCCUCUCAGCGCUGCGCAGAGGCACAGCGCACUGUUCAAGAACCAGGCCGUUGUCCUCCCCGGCGGUCUCGGUGCUACUUCAUCCCUCGAGCGCAUCGGCAUGACCUUCGGCAGCCUGUCUCUCGACGGAGAGGUAGUCUCGCCGCCCACAUCUACUCCCGCCGCUGCUCCCGCACCUGUCGCAGCGCCCACACAGCAGGCACCUGUGCCCGUUCCUGAACCCGAGCCCGUCGCGCCUGAGCCGGAACAGAGCUUCCCUCAGCAGACCUACGCUCAGCAGGCGGCACCGCAGGAGACAUACGCGCCGCAACAGCCCCAGGCUCAGACCCAGACGCAACAGCAACAGCAGUACGCGUACGCCCAGGCCCAGGGCGGUGCACCUGGUCUCCAGCAGCAGAUUCCCUCGACGAGCCCGCACGCGCUCGCCCAGCAGAGCCCUCAUAGUCUUCAGCAGCAGACCCAGAGCCUCCCGCAGCAACAGAUCCACCAACAACAACCGACACAGUCGCUCCAGCAACCUCAGGCUCUCCAGCAGCCGCAGGGUCUUCCCCAAUCCCAGAGCUUGCAGCAACAACCCCAGUCGCUCCAGCAACAGCCGCAGAGUCUCCAACAGCAGGCUCUCCCUUCGCAACAGCAGGCGUACCAGCAAGCCCAGCAGCCCCAGGGUCUCUCGCAGCAGUACGGUUCGUACGGUCAACAACAGCAGCAGUACGCGCAACAGCAGCAGCAGACGCCCGCCCAGCAACAGCAGCAGCCCCAGCAGCAGUACCAGCAGCAGGCGCAGUCUCAACAGGGCCAGUACGGCCAGCAGAGCGCACAGCAGCAGUACGGCGGCGGACAGGGAUACGGCCAGCAGCCCCAGGGCCUGCACAACGCUGGCUACGGCGGCGGAUACUCCAACGCGCUCGCCGGCCUCGGCGGCCGGGCCAAUGAUCCGUACUUCAGCACCGCGACGCCGCCCGCGCAGGCCGAGAGCCCGUACGGCGCGUUCGGCGGCGGGUUCAGCGGCAACGCCGGUGCGCUCGAGGGUCCCGGACAGGGAUACGGCGAGCAAGUUGCCGGCGGUCGUUCCGGCGGCGCGUUCUACGACAGCUACUCCGGCUACGCGCGCGGCGGCCACAGCGUCGGCGCGGACGACGCGAAGGGUCUCCCCGCGCUCGCCGGCGCAGCCGCGAGCAACAGCCCCGCGACGCCCGCGCAGCAGCAGCACUCGCACACGCACCAGGGCUUCCCGCCCCCGGGCCCGCUCGCGCACCAUGCGCCCGGCCCGUACUUCAACCCGUACGCCGCGCAGGCCGGGCCCGGCCAGUUCCCGUACGGCGCGCCGUACAACGCGUACGCGGCCUACGGCGCGAUGCCCGGGCCGUACCCGCUCAAACCCGGCCCGAAUCCGUACGGUCAGCCCGUCUACGCGCAGCAAGCGGCUACACAGGCGCCCAAGGGCGCCGGCGCGGGCGCGCAGGGCGGGCAGGCGGCGCAGGACUAUUACCCCGGCGAAGAGGCGUACGGCGCUGCGGCGCAGGGCGGCGCGGGGCAGGGCAAGUACGGCGGCGCGGCGGGGAAGCAGAGCCCGGAGCAUGCGUAUAAGCCGUAUGCGACGCAGCAGGGGAAGGACUCGCCUGUUGUGGGCAAUGCGCAGGCGAGGGGCGUGGGCGUCGGUGUGGGGGGCGGGUACUAUGGCGGGCAGCAGCCGCGUGGGGGGCAGUAUGCUAGUCAGGAGGGGCAGGGGUAUGGGUAUGGGUAUGGGAAUCGGGGCGGGUAUUGGCAGUAG